AAGCAACUGCCGAGGAAUCAGAACAACACAGAAAAGCCAACACAAAACAAAGCAUUAUCUUGUUGUAUGAAUCAGGUGGUGGGUGCAAGUGCCCAUAAUUUCUCCCUAAAACCCUAAACCCCAUUUCUCUGAUUUGGUAAAAGCACAAUUGGCAAAUGUCUCACUCUCAUCCGCUACCCCUUAAGAGACAAGGUGAACACUUUUCUGAUGAUGGUUCCUCUCCCAUUAAACCCUCUCGACUCAAAAUUGCAAUACCCUCUGAAGAUACAGACAAGAAGAAUGCGAACAGGAGGGUUAAGGAUGUUGAAAUUUGUGUCCCAAUAGUGUAUGGGACUAUUGCAUUUUAUCUGGGUAGGAAGGCCAGUGAGUCUCAAUCACAUAAGUGGACAGUGUAUGUGCGUGGAGCUACAAAUGAAGAUCUUGGGGUGGUGAUUAAGCGUGUUGUGUUUCAGUUGCAUCCCAGUUUCAAUAAUCCCACUAGAGUUGUUGAGUCACCCCCUUUUGAGUUAUCAGAAUGCGGUUGGGGUGAAUUUGAAAUAGCCAUCACUUUAUAUUUCCACAGUGAUGUUUGUGAAAAACAGUUGGACUUGUAUCACCAUUUGAAGUUGUAUCCAGAAGAUGAAUCUGGUCCCCAGUCUACUAAGAAACCUGUUGUUGUUGAGUCUUACAAUGAGAUUGUUUUUCCUGAACCCUCAGAGGCUUUUGUAGCACGUGUACAGAAUCAUCCUGCUGUUGUGGUGCCUAGGCUUCCUGCUAGUUUGAAUUUACCUAGUCCAGUACCUAUUGAUACUAUGAAUGACAAAGAGAGGGGUGACACCAAAGACCAUCCUCUAAGCCAGUGGUUCAUGAACUUCUCUGAGGCUGAUGAGCUCUUAAAACUCGCAGCAGCUCGCCAACAGGUGCAAGCUCAUAUUGUUAAGCUGCGAAGACAAUUGAGUUUGGUGGAAGGACUGCCUCAGCUGUCAAAACCGCCCUCUGGUUAUGAAUGUACAUAAUGAUGAAUAAUUAUGUAUAUAUGGGUAUAGUCUUCCUUGUAGAUUGUGUUGAAUAUUUUUAGCUGUAGAAACCAAUAGAUUAGAGUUUUAGAAGAAUGGACGUGAUCAGUAGCCUUCAUGCCUAAAAUCUUAAAUGAUUAUAGAUGUGUAUUAGCUGUACUUCGAGGAGUUUAAUAUUUUAUCUUGAAUUUUAUAUUUCUAUCC